UGUGGAGAGAAGAGAGAGAGAGAGAGAGAGAGAGAGAGAGAGAGAGAGAGAGAGAGAGAAGAGGGAUGGAUAUGGUUGAUUGGUGAGUGAGUGAGAGAAAAAGGGUACGUGAUUUCUGGGGUUUGGUUUGGUUUUAAUCUGGGCGAUGUCAGGUGGCGGUUGCAGCAUAGUCUGGUUCAGAAGGGAUCUCAGGGUAGAGGAUAACCCAGCUCUGGCCGCCGGCGUCAGGGCCGGCGCCGUCGUUGCCGUCUUCAUCUGGGCGCCGGAGGAGGAGGGCCACUACUAUCCCGGCCGGGUCUCCCGAUGGUGGCUCAAGCAGAGCCUCGCCCAUCUCGAUUCCUCUCUCAGAAGCCUCGGCACCUUCCUCGUCACCAAGAGAUCCACCAACACCAUUUCUACUCUUAUCGAUGUCGUUAAAGCCACUGGUGCUUCUCAGCUCUUCUUCAAUCACUUAUAUGAUCCUUUAUCGCUCAUUCGGGAUCACCGAGCUAAGGAGGUUUUGACUGCCCAAGGCAUAGGCGUGAGGUCGUACAAUGCGGAUUUACUGUACGAACCGUGGGAUGUUAAUGAUGCAAAUGGCCACCCAUUUACCACCUUUGCUGGAUUCUGGGAAAGAUGUCUCAGCAUGCCUUUCGACCCGGAGGCGCCACUUCUCCCUCCUAAGAGGAUAAUUUCAGGUGAUGUAUCUAGGUGUCCAUAUGACACAUUGGUGUUUGAAGAUGAAUUGGAGAAGGGAAGCAAUGCGCUUCUUGCUCGAGCAUGGUCUCCAGGAUGGAGCAAUGCAGAUAAGGCUUUGACCACAUUCAUCAAUGGACCGUUAAUCGAGUACUCGAAAAAUCGCAGGAAGGCAGAUAGCGCAACCACCUCAUUUCUGUCUCCCCACUUGCAUUUUGGAGAGGUAAGCGUGAGAAAAGUGUUUCAUCUUGUUCGAAUCAAGCAGGUUUUAUGGGCCAAUGAAGGAAACAAGGCUGGCGAAGAGAGUGUCAACUUGUUUCUUAAGUCUAUUGGCCUCAGAGAAUACUCCAGAUACAUGAGUUUCAACCAUCCAUACAGUCAUGAGAGGCCUCUUCUUGGGCACCUUAAAUUCUUUCCAUGGGUUGUGGAUGAAGGCUAUUUCAAGGCAUGGAGGCAAGGUAGGACCGGUUAUCCGUUAGUCGAUGCCGGUAUGAGGGAAUUGUGGGCUACUGGCUGGCUGCACGAUCGGAUCCGAGUUGUAGUUUCGAGCUUCUUUGUGAAGGUUCUGCAGCUUCCUUGGAGAUGGGGAAUGAAGUAUUUCUGGGAUACUCUCUUGGAUGCUGAUCUUGAGAGUGAUGCUCUUGGUUGGCAGUACAUAUCUGGCACGCUUCCGGAUGGCCGUGAAUUUGAUCGCAUCGACAAUCCACAGCUUGAGGGCUAUAAAUUCGACCCGAACGGAGAAUAUGUUCGGAGAUGGCUUCCUGAACUCUCUAGAUUACCCACUGAAUGGAUUCAUCACCCAUGGAAUGCACCAGAGUCAGUUCUCCAAGCUGCUGGGAUCGAGCUCGGAUCGAACUACCCUCUUCCGAUCGUAGGACUGGAUGCAGCUAAAGCUAGGCUGCAAGAAGCACUGUCAGAGAUGUGGCAACAAGAAGCAGCUUCAAGGGCUGCAAUGGAGAAUGGAACUGAAGAGGGACUCGGGGAUUCUUCAGAGUCGAUCCCAAUUGCAUUUCCUCGAGACAUACAAAUGGAGGAGGAUGACCAUGAGCCUGCAAGGGCGAACCCUCAUAUAGCUCGAUGCUACGAGGAUCAGAUGGUCCCGAGCAUGACAACUUCGGUGAGAUUAGAAGAUGAACCUUCUUUGAAUACUCAAAGUACAGCAGAAGCUAGAGCAGAAGUACCAACAAAUGUAAAUUUAAACCAAGAGCCUACCAGAGGAGAUGCAUUAAGCCCAAGAGUUCAGCCAACUGCUCCAACACGUGCUCAACUUCCCUAUACCGUGGGCAUAGGCCUCAGAAGUGCUGCUGAAGACUCCACUGCAGAGUCGUCUUCGAGUAGCGACAUUAGAAGAGAGAGGGACGGAGGUGUGGUUCCGGUUUGGUCUCCGCCAAGUUCGAGUUACACCGAGCAAUUUGUGGUUGACGAAAAUGGCAUGGGAACCAGCCCUUCAUUCUUGCAGGGGCAUCAACAGACUCAUCAAAUAAUCAAUUGGAGGCGGCUAUCUCAAACUGGGUGAGGCAAAAAAUGAAAGAACUAGCAGAAAGAGGAGCACAAAGCAACAGCCAGAUGGUGAAACAGAAACACACUAACAAGUUCUUCAACUUCUUCCACCAAUCUGACUUGGCAUUGGUCACUAUCAUGUGUAUGAAAUUUCUAACUGAUAGAUGCAGUUCAUCUGCUGAUCAUGUUCUCCCUCUCCCGUUCCCAUUCUUGCUCUCGCUCUCUUUCCGUUAUUACGGUUGUAUCAUAAGUCUUGCUAUGCUGUAUAGUGAAAGUUGUAAUUUGUGUAGCUGUAACAGAAGCGUAGAGAAUCGAAAUAGUGAUUGUCGUCGUUGUCAUCGUCUUCGAAUAAACUCAAGUUUGCGAUUAGCCCGGAUUCUUCUUGUAAGCCCAUGCUUAAGCUAUGGAAAUAUUUCUCUAUCUUGCUUGCCUUUA